UUGGCCAAAAUAGGAAGCGCAGGUGCACGGAAAAAGCCCUCUGCUCUAGCCCGUGCAUGCAUGCGUGUGUGUGUGCGUGCGUGUGUGUUUGUAGGUUGCCAGAGUGUGUGUGCCUUCCAGCAGCGUGUUACAGGAUGUCUGCUGGAGACUGCAGGAGAAAGCGAGGCAUGCAUUUCUCCCCAGCGCGACUGGGAAAGCAGCUUAGAGCAGCGCAGAGCAGCGGGGACUGCUGCUAACUGCUUUCUGGACUGCCUCUGUCUCCAGAUUCUCUUGUCCCGCCCUUCUGAUCUCUGUGGAUCUGAGCCCUGGCAGACAGGAUGUAGAAUAAGGAGGAGCACCUUGCCUGGGAUCAUCUAGUGGACGUCAGACACCUCAGAGGAACAUGCUCAGGGAGCAUCUCUCCUCUCUCCUCUCUCCUCUCUCCUUGGCUCUCACGCUCCUUGUCUUCUUGUUUCCUCGUGGCUGUGCUCAGAGUCCGGGUUCCACCAUGUCGCUGGCGUUCUGCGGGAACGAGAACGGCUCGGCGUACAAUGUGGACGGAGGCGUCCUCAACAACGGCUGCUUCCUGGACGCGCUCAACGUGGUGCCCCACGUCUUCCUGCUCUUCAUCACCUUCCCUAUCCUCUUCAUCGGCUGGGGCAGUCAGAGCUCCAAGGUCCACAUCCACCACAGCACCUGGCUCCACUUCCCUGGACACAACCUGCGCUGGCUGCUCACCUUCAUCCUGCUGUUCGUCCUCGUCUGCGAGAUCGCCGAGGGCAUUGUCUCUGACGGGUUCAGCCAGUCGCUCCACCUGCACCUCUACAUGCCUGCUGCCCUUGCCUUCAUGGCAGGGGUCACCUCCAUCAUCUACUACCACAACAUUGAGACCUCCAACUUCCCCAAGUUACUCAUAGCCCUGCUGAUCUACUGGAUGCUGGCCUUCCUCAUGAAAACCAUCAAGUUUGCCAAGUACACUGAACACGGCAUCGGGCCCCGGCAGCUGCGGUACUGCAUCACAGGACUGCUGGCCCUGCUGUACGGCCUGCUGCUGGCCGUGGAGGUCAACGUCAUCCUGGGGAGGCGCUACAUUUGCUUCGUCAGCCCCAUGGAGGUGAAGCCCCCCGAGGACCUGCAGGAUCUGGGGGUCCGCUUCCUGCAGCCCUUCGUCAACCUGCUUUCCAAGGCCACCUACUGGUGGAUGAACACCUUCAUCACAGCCGCCCACCGCCGCCCCAUCGACCUCAAGGUCAUCGGCAAGCUGCCCAUCGCCAUGAGAGCCCUUACCAACUACCUGAAGCUGCGAGCGGCCUUCGAGAAGCAGAGGAGGGUUCAGGGCUCCAUGCCCCAGGGGCCCAAGUGGAUCUGGAGGGCCUUGCGGCAGGCCUUCGGGGGGCGCCUCAUCCUCAGCAUCACCUUCCGCUUCCUGGCCGACCUGCUGGGCUUCGCCGGGCCGCUGUGCAUCUCCGGCAUCGUGCACCACAUCAGCAAGGACAGCAGCAUCCAGCCACAGGUAAGGCUGCUAGGGAUCGACUUCAUCUCGUCUCAGGAGUUCCUGGCGAACGCCUACGUUCUGGCAGUGCUGCUGUUCUUGGCCCUGAUCCUACAGAGGACCUUUCUCCAGGCCUCUUACUACGUGGCCAUCGAGACAGGCAUCAACCUGCGAGGAGCCAUCCAGACUAAGAUCUACAACAAGAUCAUGCGUCUGUGCACCUCCAACAUGUCCAUGGGGGAGCUCACCGUGGCUCAGAUCUGCAACCUGGUCGCCAUAGAUACCAACCAGCUGAUGUGGUUCUUCUUCCUGUGCCCUAACCUGUGGGCCAUGCCUGUGCAGAUCAUUCUGGGGGUGAUUCUGCUCUACUACCUGCUGGGGAUCAGUGCCCUGAUCGGGGCGACAGUCAUCGCAGUCUUGGCCCCGGUCCAGUACUUUGUGGCCACCAGACUGUCCCAGGCCCAGAAGAGCACUCUGGAGUACUCCAGCGAACGUCUGAAAAAGACCAACGAGCUGCUGAGAGGCAUCAAGCUGCUGAAGCUGUACGCCUGGGAGAACAUCUUCUGUCGCAGUGUGGAAGACACCCGAGACAAGGAACUCACCAGCCUCAAGAACUUUGCUUUCUACACCUCCAUAUCCAUAUUCAUGAAUGCGGCCAUACCUAUUGCAGCAGUACUGACAACGUUCGUGGUGCACGUCCACAUCUCAGAGGAGGAGGAGCAGGACCUCUCCCCUGCCGUAGCCUUCGCCUCCCUGUCCCUGUUCCACAUCCUGGUCACCCCUCUCUUCCUGCUCUCCAGCGUGGUGCGCUCCACUGUCAAGGCCCUGGUCAGUGUUCAGAAGCUGGGGGAGUUCUUCUCCAGCGACGAGAUCGGAGAAGAACAGGAACCAAGAGCAGCGACGCCCUCAGGUCACCCAAACCACAGCAAGUACCAGGCUGUGCCCCUGAAGGUGGUGAACAGGAAGAGAGUCCCCAGGGAUGACUGGAACCACUACGGCUGCCAGAGGGAGGGGGGAGGGGGCGGCGCUCCCCCACAGGACGGAGACCAGGACCUCUGCAUCAAGAUCACCAGUGGAUAUUUUACCUGGACUGAUGGGCCAGCUACACUGUCAAACGUUGACAUAAAGAUUCCUUUUGGUCAGCUGACCAUGAUCGUGGGCCAGGUGGGUUGUGGGAAGUCGUCUCUGUUGCUAGCGGCGCUGGGGGAGAUGCAGAGGGUCUCCGGGACUGUCACAUGGAACAGCCUGCCCAUCCUGGACUCUGAAGGAGAUGAGAGCCCCACAGACAAAGACACAGCAGGAGAAGGAGAUAUCAGGAAGAGAGAUGCCGUGGCCUACGCUUCCCAGAAGCCUUGGCUGCUCAACGCCACUCUGAUGGAGAACAUCACCUUCGAGAUGCCAAUGAUCAAACCCAGGUACCAGGCUGUCCUCGAGGCCUGUUCCCUGCAGCCUGAUAUAGACAUCCUGCCCCAGGGAGACCAGACAGAGGUUGGAGAGAGGGGCGUCAUCCUGUCAGGAGGACAGAGGCAGAGGAUCAGCGUGGCCAGAGCUCUGUACCAGCAGACCAACGUGGUCUUCCUGGACGACCCCUUCUCAGCUCUGGACAUCCACCUGAGCGACCACCUCAUGCAGGACGGCAUCCUCAAGCUGUUAAGAGAGGAGAAGAGGACUGUGGUGCUGGUCACCCACAAGCUGCAGUACCUGCCGCACGCCGACUGGAUCAUAGCCAUGAAAGAUGGGAGCAUCCAGACGGAGGGCACUCUGAAGGACAUCCAGAGCUCCGAGCCUGGGCUGUUUGAGCAGUGGAAGACCCUCAUGAACCGGCAGGACCAGGAGUUUGAGAAGGAGACAGUGGACGACAACAUGACGGUGCUGGAGAGGAAGAGCCUGAGAAGGGCCAUGUACUGUAGAGAGGCCGCCAGGACGGAAGAGGACGAGGAGGAGGAAUCCGAGGUGAGUGACGAUGACGACAGCCUCUCCCAGGGGAUGCGUCACCGCACCACCAUCCCCUGGCGCUCCUGCGGCAGCUACCUGUCCUCGGCCGGGCUCCUCCUCCUCGCCCUGCUCCUCCUCUCACAGCUCCUCAAGCACUCCCUCAUGGUCGCCAUCGACUACUGGCUGGCCCACUGGACCUCCCAGGUCAUCGCAGCCAGAGCAGAAGCCUCCACACACAACUGCACUGUCACCCAGGGGUGUGGCUUCAGUCACUCCUGGUACCUAUCUGUGUUCAGCGUCCUGUGCUGCCUGGGCAUCGUCCUGUGUCUGGUAACCUCUGUGGCCGUGGAGUGGACUGGCCUCCGUGUGGCCAAGAACCUGCACAACAACCUUCUCAACAAGAUUAUACUGGCCCCUAUGAGGCUGUUUGAGACCACUCCACUGGGCAGCAUCCUGAACCGCUUCUCCACGGACACCAACACCAUUGACCAGCACAUCCCCGCCACGCUGGAGUGUCUGAGUCGCUCCACGCUGCUCUGUGUGUCGGCGCUGGGAGUCAUCUCCUACGUCACGCCCGUCUUCAUGGUCGCCCUGCUGCCCCUCGCCAUCACCUGCUACUUCAUCCAGAAGUACUUCCGUGUGGCCUCCAGGGACCUGCAGCAGUUGGAGGACAGCACCCAGCUGCCUCUGCUCUCCCACUUCUCUGAGACAGUGGAGGGCCUCACCACCAUCAGGGCCUUCAGGUACGAGCCACGCUUCAGAAAGAGGUUACUCGAGUUCACGGAUGCCAACAACAUAGCCUCCCUGUUCCUCACCGCGGCCAAUCGCUGGCUGGAGGUCCGCAUGGAGUACAUAGGAGCCUGUGUGGUGUUGAUAGCAGCUGUGGCCUCCAUCGCCAACUGCCUGUACAACCAGCUGUCCACUGGCUUGGUGGGGUUGGGCCUGACCUACGCCCUCAUGGUGUCUAAUUACAUGAACUGGAUGGUGCGUAACCUGGCAGACAUGGAGGUGCAGCUGGGCUCAGUGAAGAGGAUCAACAGCCUGCUGAGGACGGAACCAGAGAACUAUGAGGGGCUGCUGGGUGCGGCCCAGGUGCCUGAGGGCUGGCCCCAGCACGGGGAGAUCCAGAUCCAGAACGUGAGCGUUCGCUACGACGCCACUCUGAAACCUGUCCUCAAGCAGGUCAACGCUCACAUCAGCCCCGGACAGAAGGUUGGAAUCUGUGGAAGAACCGGCAGUGGAAAGUCCUCCUUUUCUCUGGCCUUCUUCCGAAUGGUCGACACCUUCGAGGGACGUAUUGUGAUUGACGACAUCGACAUCGCAAAGCUGCCCCUGCACACCCUGAGGUCUCGCUUCUCCAUCAUCCUCCAGGACCCCAUCCUAUUCAGCGGAACCAUCCGAUUUAACCUGGACCCGGAGAUAAAGGCGACAGACGAGAUGCUGUGGGAAGCGUUGGAGAUCGCUCAACUCAAACCUGUGGUCAAAACCUUACCAGGAGGGCUGGAUGCCAUGGUGACGGAGGGAGGGGAGAACUUCAGUCAGGGCCAGAGGCAGCUGUUCUGUCUGGCCAGGGCCUUCGUCAGGAAGAGCAGCAUCCUUAUCAUGGACGAAGCCACUGCCUCCAUCGACAUGGCAACCGAGAGCAUCCUGCAGAAGGUGGUGAUGACUGCCUUUGCUGACCGGACAGUGGUUAUCAUAGCACACCGUGUUCACACCAUCCUGAAUGCAGACAUGGUGAUCGUGAUGAAGAGAGGGGUCAUCCUGGAGCACGACACGCCCCAGGGCCUUCUGGGAAAGGAGGACAGUGUCUUCGCUUCCUUUGUGCACGCCGACAAGUAACAGAGCAGGAAGUGACACGAGCGAGGACAUUCAAAGUGCUAUUGUAACGGACUAUAUUAUUCUUUUAUUUUUCUUAUAUCAUGUAUUAUAUUUGUACAUACAUUUAAUAAAACAUGACAAGUAUUUGUUAAUAAAACACUAAAAUAUU